AUGAAUGAGAAAGAACUGCUCCAUGGGCUGAACGAUCGUUUCGCCGGAUUCAUAGAGAAGGUGCGUCAUUUAGAGCAUCAAAAUGAAUUGCUCGAGAGGGAAAUCGAGGAAAUCAAACAGAAGGCACAGUCCCCUGCGUCUCUGGCCCAGGAGCACGAGCCGGAGCUUAGGGAUCUGAGGAAAUUAUUUCAUGACAUCACCCUUCAGAAGCGUCAGAUCGAGAUAGAGCAUCAGAACCUGGAGGAAGAUUUCCUCACCUUGAGAGACAAGUACGAGCAGGAGGCGCGUGACCGCUCGGACGCAGAGAACGGCAUCCUUGUGCUGAAAAAGGACGCCAACGAUGCAUACCUCGCCAAACUUCAGUUGGACAAGAAAGCGCAGUCUCUGGUGGACGAGAUCCACUUCCUGAAGAAGAACCAUGAGGACGAGGUAUCGGAGAUGGUGGCCCAGAUCCAAGAGGCUCAGGUAACGGUCAAGGCACACGACUUUUGCAAACCCGAAAUCACUGCGGCUCUCCGGGACAUCCGUGCACAGUUAGAAGGUCACGCUGCCUCCGACAUUCAGCAGGCGGAGGAGGGCUUCCGUGUCCAGUUCGCAAAGUUAACCAAAGCGGCCGAGAGUAACAGAGAGGCCAUGAAGGCGACCCAGCAGGAGAUCCAGGAGCAUAGAAGGCGCCUGAAACUCCUGGAGGGUGAGGAAUCCCGUCUGUACACCAUCUCUGACACCCACAUCUCCAUGCCCUGCAUCUACAACCAGCCCCCCGUCUACACCCUGCCUUGCCUGGCCCGGCAGGGAGGUCCCACACGUAGAUCUGUGCCCCAGUACAAGUUUGUAGAGGAGAUCAUAACUGAGACCACCAGAGAGGUGGAGAUGUCCGAGAUCGAGGAGACAGGCUCCGAGGAGACAGGCUCCGAGGAGACGGUCGGGGGACAGGGAGAGGAGCUGAGACAGAAGCAGGGAGAAGAGCGUGACAAAGCUGAUAGGAGGAGUGGGGAAGAGGAGGAUGAAGAGAAAGAGAAAGAUGGAAGUAAAGUGGAUCUUGAAGUGGACGCCCCAGAGGAAAAGGGUGAACAGGAGGAAGAGUCUAAGAGACAGCAGAUGGAAACAUCAGCAGAGGUAGCGAUGAAUGGAGAUGGAGUUAACCCUAGCGAGGGAGAAGAUGGAGAGGAAGGAGAUGACGAAAGAGAGGAGGAAAAGGGGGAUGAGCCAGAUGAAGAAAAACUGGACACAACCGAGGAGCUAGACACCAAGAAAAAGGAGACAUUAGAAAAAGAUGACGCCCCAAAACAUGACGAGUCCAAACCAGAGGUUCCCAUGAACGGUGACAGCUCAACAGAACCCAAAACAGGAAGUUCAAUAAAGGGUGAACCACAGGUCCCCAUGGAGGACAUCACCAAAGAAUCCAAAAAGGUGUCAGAGGAGAGAAAAAAAGGAAGUCAUUUAAAAGAGAAAAAAGAGAUAGAUCUGAAAGAGGAGAGUGCCUCAACAGAGCAACAGCAGGAUAGCCCAAAAGAAAGUCCCAUCAAAGAGAGAAAAAAGGUAGAUCUGACAGAGCAGAGUGCCCCAACACUGGAGCAGAAACGUGAUCAGAAGGAGCACAGAGAGUCAGACCAACCUCAAGAGGUAGAGAGUGCUGUGACAACACAAGAGGCAGAAUGCGAUGUGAGAACACAAGAAGAGGAUCUCCCUGAGACCACAGAGAAGGACAUGGAAUCCCCUGAUAUCACUGCAGAGCUAAAGAGCAGUUCAACCAAAGCGGCAGUGGAGCAGGUGAAGUCACCAGAUGAUUCUGGUGUAAAAACGACACAGGAUGACACAACAGUAGGAGAAUCAACGACCACCCCUAAACCAGACUCAAGCCUCACCCCAGAACCAACUACCACCCCUAAACCAGACUCAAACCUCACCCCAGAAUCAACGACCACCCCUAAACCAGACUCAACCCUCACCCCAGAAUCAACGACCACCCCUAAACCAGACUCAACCCUCACCCCAGAAUCAACAACCUCCCCUAAACAAGACUCAACCCUCACCCCAGAAUCAACGACCACCCUUAAACCAGACUCAAGCCUCACCCCAGAAUCAAUGACCACCCCUAAACCAGACUCAACCCUCACCCCAGAAUCAACGACCACCCCUAAACCAGACUCAAACCUCACCCCAGAAUCAACGACCACCCCUAAACCAGACUCAAACCUCACCCCAGAAUCAACGACCACCCCUAAACCAGACUCAAUCCUCACCCCAGAAUCAACAACCUCCCCUAAACAAGACUCAACCCUCAUCCCAAAAUCAACGACCACCCUUAAACCAGACUCAACCCUCACCCCAGAAUCAACGACCACCCCUAAACCAGACUCAACCCUCACCCCAGAAUCAACGACCACCCCUAAACCAGACUCAACCCUCACCCCAGAAUCAACGACCACCCCUAAACCAGACUCAACCCUCACCCCAGAAUCAACGACCACCCCUAAACCGGACUCAAUCCUCACCCCAGAAUCAACGACCACCCCUAAACCAGACUCAACCCUCACCCCAGAAUCAACGACCACCCCUAAACCAGACUCAACCCUCACCCCAGAAUCAACGACCACCCCUACAGAAGAGAGUGAAACGAUCAGCAGUGGUGACAAAGCUAAGACAAUCACACCACCAGAGAAACAGGUGUCUGCAGUUGCAGAGAGCAUGGAUUCACACAGGGAGGCGCCAGGGAGCAACACAACUCAGGAGAAACCAGAGGAAAGUAUGGCCAAAGAGCCUGAGAAGGUUACAGAUCCCAAAGAUGAAACCCCAAAGACAGAGAGCGUGAAGACCAAGUCCUCUGAGUUAAAACCUGAACAUGUGGAGAUAUCUAUUACAAAGACAUCUCCAGUGAAAGAACAGGAUGUAUCAGACGUAGGUUUGAAAGAGAAAACAGUUGAUGGGAAGAUAACAGAACAGGCGCAAUUUAAAAUAGACGAGAACGGCUUUACAGGAGGUGAUGGAGAGAGCAAAGAUGACAAAACUUUGAAGAAGACAACAGGACAAGAUGCUGAGCCAAUCGCAGAGAUGCAAGCUAAACCUAAAACGUGGGACUUAACCUCUUUUUAG